AUGACAAGCCAAAGUCACGUUCUUUCUUGGGGUCUCACUCUCCAAGAUCAAAUCCAAGGAAAAACAAGAAAAAAUUUUGUCGAGGUGUGUUUUGGUAACAUCCGAGGAAGCACCGUGAAGGACCCUGAGGGCAAUGACGAACGAGUUUCUGUGGCUGAGUGGCGACCGGCGGAUGAGCGGCCGGUGGAUGAACGGCCGGCUGCGGCCCCUAAUGGCGAUAUGAUUCGACGGCGAGGUGGCAUGCGAGCGGCUGAGAUUGAUGGUGUGCGAAUAUGGUGGAAUGAGGGAGGAAGAAGAUGA